GAGAACGUCGUAGGGUUUAUAACGAGGAUUCUCGAGCCCAGGCGAUGGAAUUCGAUCGACGCAACGAUGAGCAAUUUCGCUGAGGCCGAAGAGACGAGCAGCAGCACGAGGCUGGUUGCCAUGAUUCUCGUCUGAUUUGGCGAUGAGGGGGGUCGGGAUCUGCCGGAGAACUGCAGCUGCUGCGGCGUUGUGGGGCCUACAAUCGUCUCGGCUCGUCAGCCAUGGCGUUUCCGGAGGCGCACCGAGCAGUACGCUUGCCAAGGGUUUUGCCUGUAGGAUCGGUGGUGAGAUGGGCGGUUUCGGUAUCGUAGGUCGUUCAAGGUGUGAGAAUUUGAGUCGCUCGUUUGCUACAGCACAUAAAUCGCAAUUGCGCGGGGAAUUGCUUGGAGAGGAUCAUCCGACUGGUCUUCUUCAUGUUUUGCGGUGUGAGAUUGACGAUUUGAGGACGCAGGCAGAGGCGAUCGCGUCGAGGUCACCUCCGAAGCCCUUUAAAUUGGUUAAGGAUGAACCCGGAGAAUUGGAGAUAACCCUGGAAAGGACAUAUGGACUCGAAGAUAUUACAGUGGGUUGCAUCUUGCAACUUGUUCCAAAAGAUUACCAGCGGGAUCCAGUUCAGGGAGAGGAUCCGGAUAUGAGGAAGAAGAUGUUGCAACUCACCAUAUCCAUUAGGAAAGGUGCUGAGUAUCCUGUUUUGAAGCUUUUGUGUGAGGGAUACCGAGAUGGGUUUGCAGUACAUCAGGUUGACUUGAAAAGCGAUGCACCGGGCGAGACUGUCUACCGUCCAUAUUUUUCGGAAGAGACGGCAGGGCUUGUAGACGAGGUACAAAUAUUUUUGUACGAAAGAGGAUUGACGGGUGACCUGACGAAUUAUCUUCAAAAUGCCCUCGAAUACAAAAGACUACGAAAAUCGACAGCACUGCUAGGAAAAAUAGAAUCUUUCAUUAGGUGAAUAAGUGUGUAGGCUGUGCUCAGAUAGAGUCUCAUCAUGAGGAAGCCACGUUUGUCCGUUCAUUGAGAGAUUUUGGACGAGAGGAUCGAUCUGAGAGCGGUAGGUCAGAUGCGGCAAUCUGAUCGGGCGUCGCAGGGAGCCAGAGCGAAGGCCAGUUGUCGGAAAUGGGGGCAAGGCGGAGGUAUCAACAGAGUCUGAUGCGGGCGCAGCGCGAGCGAGCAGAGAGGGGCUGAGGUCGAAAUGUAGGCGGGUCCAAAAUGGAAGCCAGGAGAAGAGUGCUAUUUUCCACAGAUGUACAACUUCUUUUCUAUAAACGCACAGUGGCCACACUCGAUCGAGCGACGAUGGCGCAGCGUCUUCUGCUCGCUGAGUCACAGCUGUUACGCUCCGAUACUUAUGAGCCGCAUCUGAAGCAUUUUGCCA